AUGUGCCGCUUCUUUCAGGUCGCAACCUUUCUCCUCGCAUUACUCCUUGCAAUCACACAUGGGAGAAAUAUUCCAAACAGUCUCAAUAAUGAUGUGUUGAAGCUUAACUCUGGCCUGCCUACUACUCAUACUACCACCGGUUUCAUCGAACGUAGAGAUUCGACUUGCACAAUAUGGAGAACUAGCUGUAGUGAGUAUUCUAGCACUGCAAGCAUCGAACCUCGAGCUUUAUAUGCGUCGGAGACACCUUCGUUCGCGAAUGGGUUCCCCACCACCACAAUCACAGACGCAAUAGCUACCCCAUUGAUAGCUCGUGACGACACUGUGACAGAGGGCAAUGAUAUCUUGUACAUCCCCGACCCGUGUACUUUUUGCUUGGUUGUUGUAGCUACAAUGACUAUUCAAAGGGCCAUGGGAAAGUUGACCCUAAAUAUUGUGGGGAUUUUACUACCUUUGCGUAUUUGGGUUUAUGCUGAGCAGAUCAACCCGGGGUAUAUGCACACGAUCGUUAUGUUUUAUGGUUAUGAUUGUGCCUGGAUACCACACAUUUUGAUCAAUGGUUUGAAUGUCUCUCCUUUCCCUUCCUCGAAGAUCUAUCUGUUUGCGUUUAAGUUUCUCCAAAGAAUUAAAAAUUGA